CAAGAGGUGAGGUGAGGACCUGCCGAGGCGAGCGAGCUUGUCAGUGUCAGAGUGGUGGCUUCACAGUUCACUAGUGAUUGGAUUACCCCACAUGUUGCUGGUGAACUAACUAGUGUAAUUUCACUUCCCUUCUUGAAAGUUGCUUUGCGAAUCAAGCACACACCGAUCAUCAUGGAGGCUUCAAGUCCUUCUGCUUCGUCCAGAAAAAGAAAAACAAGACAAACCCCCAUGCCACGAAUUGUCCUUGCUCUCGCUGCUCCCAUUAGCAACCCCGCCAACAACAAUGCCAUCGAACACACCUUUUCGUCCACCAAACCCCGAAGUAAUUGCAGCGGCCGGAGGAGAAAACAAGAGGCGGCGGCAGCCCAGCAAGAACAUGAACGCCAACUCCAUAUUCCCACCACCAAACGCACCGUUUCAUCCACUAAAAUCCAAAGCAAUUACAGCCUAAGACCUACAGCUCGCGGAGGCCGGAAGACAGCGCCACAAGAACAAGAACAUGAAGAAAAGAAGGGAAGGUUGAAGGUCGUUCGGAUCCGGAUUUUGGACCCAGAUGAGACGGAGUCUUCUACAGACACCGGAGAAACUAAUAUAGCCGUUAACCAAAAACCCAAGAAAAAGAAAGUUGAAAUAGUGCACGAGAUUCGGAUGCUGGAGAGAAACUCUUCUUGUCCAAAAAAACUUGAGACGCAAGAAACAAGCAAGAAAAAAGAGAGCAAGAAGAACUAUAUUGGCAAGAAUAAUAAGCAAAUUUGCUUGUCAUCUCGAUCGUCAUCACCAUCUUGUAACGUUGAAGGGCGUGAAGAUGAAGAAAUACUAAAAGGAUCAUCAACAACAUCAUCAGUUGUGCGAAUGGCAGUUAGAAAGAUGGCUCUUUGCGACGUGCCGGGUCCAAUUCCUGACCUGGAAGAAUUUUUGAAAUGGGAUUAUGACCUUCACUUUUUGCUUACUUUCUUUGAUGAUUUGCCGUCAGACUCCGACUGUGAAGAUUAUUGAGCACGAUCAACUAAGUUCAUUUCAAACUUUAUCCACGAAUUUUUUUUUAUUUUUUUAACACAACUUAGGCAUGAUUAUUGGGUACAAAUUUUUGUACAGUCCACCACGAUCUCACAUUCUAUUUCAGGGAAAGUGAUGAAAUCGAUUGUGUUAUGUACUCUUAGUACCUAGCUAGGGUUCAUAAUUUCAUGGAAUUCAUUGGGGUUCUUUCUUCUUACCCAUGAAUUUUGGGUACUAAAUUUGUUUGCAGUACAUAUAUAUAUAGCAGGCUGUGCCCACAAU